AGAUGUGGAAAAACAUGGAGUGAGGAGUGUUCCGUACUGGGAGGUAUAGAAAGAUCUUCCGCGGCUGCUGUGUCCCCAAACCAAUGCAGCACGUGCACGAGCGGCGCGCGCACGGUCGGGAGCGCGCAUGGAGGCGGUCUGUGAUCGCGUCUCCGUUGCUGCCUCCAGUUAAAGAGCACGGACACGGGAGCGAGCAGACGGCCGUCAAGAGACACUUUUAACCUGGGAUUAUAAAGAGGAACACCGCAUCGACGGCCAGCUGCCAGGGCCCAAGAUGUCCAGUGAAGUGCAGAGACCAGAUGACAGCCCCAGCACCAGUGGAGGUAGCUCCGACAUUGAGCAAAGGGAAUCGGUACCACCUGAGCAGGAGCGGGAACCUGCACAACCCAAAAAGAAGGAGACGAAGAUUUCCAGUAAAACAGCUGCUAAACUCUCAACCAGUGCCAAGAGGAUUCAGAAGGAGCUUGCAGAGAUAACACUAGACCCACCUCCAAACUGCAGUGCUGGUCCUAAAGGAGAUAAUAUAUAUGAGUGGAGGUCGACCAUCCUGGGCCCACCAGGUUCUGUGUACGAGGGAGGGGUCUUCUUCCUGGACAUCGCCUUCACACCCGACUACCCUUUCAAACCCCCCAAGGUAACAUUUCGUACAAGGAUCUACCACUGCAACAUCAACAGUCAGGGGGUGAUUUGUCUUGACAUACUGAAGGACAACUGGAGUCCUGCCCUGACCAUCUCCAAGGUGCUGCUGUCCAUCUGCUCCCUGCUGACAGACUGUAACCCAGCUGAUCCUCUGGUGGGAAGCAUCGCCACACAAUACCUGACCAACAGAACAGAACAUGACAGAAUAGCCAAGCAAUGGACAAAGAGAUAUGCCACAUAGACUCCCAUUCACCAACCCUCCCUUCAUUAACCAUCCAAACCCCUCCUCACUGUACCUCUCUCUACCUCUCUCCCUGCUAGUCUGUUAAAGCACACUCACUAAGUGCAACAGUAUACCUACAGUAUCCUCCUCCCCUCCCUGACCUUUUCUCUACCUUUUCUGUGUAAAGAACUGUCUUUUGUUCCUUGUUGACUUGAAAGCUUCUUUUUUAUACAAAGAGUAGAUUGGGAUUUUUAUUUUCCAAUAUCUAAAUAUUGGAAGUAUUGUAUUGAGAAAAAAAUAUUAUUAUCAUACGCAUUGUCCUUCAGCUAUACAAUAUGUAAUCUUGGUUUUUCUAGUGGCACCUGGAGCAAACAUGCAGAAUAUAUGCUUUUACUUGUUUUGUUUUUUUCUUGCCGUGUGUUUUUUAUUUUUUAUUUUUUUCCAAUAUGUUUUUGAUUUUGUAAUUGUCAUUGAUAUGUUUUCUGCAUGGAACAGGAGGAAGAUUUGCAUUAAUAAAAACUUCAUGCUUUUCCAAUCCCUCUGGUUUUGUUUGUACUGUACGUAUUUUUUCAAAGGCUUUUGAGGCAGACCACAAAGUAUAGGUCUGCUUGUGAAAGAGGCAGGACUUGUAUAUUUACUAGCUACCCGCCACCUCUGCAGUUGCAGAGUGGUUUGUUGUGCACUUGUAUUACUGAAGCACCCAAUAAAACGCACUGUGGUC